AUGCCGAAGCAAGCUAAAAAGCGCCGUUCAACUCGUACUCGUCCAUCGCGUCAAAACGAACAAACUGUGGCGGAAACCAAUAGCGAGACGUCGAACGCGGCCAACCACAUCAGCGAACAGCCGCUUGGUUCUGCCACGAACUACGCCGACAUGUCCACCAAAGUCCUCCAUCUUCUCUUGGCCCAGCGAAACCUCUCUCUUUCUGGUUCGCGUGACGUUCUUUUACGCCGCCUUGCUGAUCACGACAGAACGGCAAAUUCUCCAGCCUUAACACCAGCUCUACCACCACGUGAUCUGACUCCCAGUACGCCUCAAUUUUCCGCUGAAUCUCUCCGCUCGUUGGCAGUUAACCUCGCACCGUUGCUCCGCGACGUUUUGGCCCGCGACACGCCACCAUCGCCUCAACCACCGCUUCCACAACCAUCGCCAGCAGCGAGCCUUAUCGCGCAGUCCGCGCCAACACCCUCUUUCGAUCUGGGUAAUCCUUCCAGCGUUGCCACUUUAAUCUCGUCUUCGCCAGUUUACUCGUCAUCCACCUCAUUACCGUCAGAGACUCCCAGUCUGCCUAAGAAAGUCGAGGAACAGAUCGUUAACGGUCCGAAGGCGGCCGGUCAAGCAAUUUCCCCAACCGAGGAUUCUGCCGCAAUUUUAACGGGGGCCUCCCGUGCUCAGCAAACCCAUGUUCCUUCGAACAUCGGUGUAAUCGAUCCGGCUGUGGCGGACGGCAUGCGGCAUAUGAACACGCUGACACCAGCUCUGCGAGAACUGAUGACACUCCGCGUCGCACAAAACACAAGUAAGGAGUUUGUUGAUAGAUUAAACCAGUUACACCAAUUAACGUUAAUCUCCUGGAGUCCAUGCUAA